AUGGUGUGGACUCUCGUCAACAAGGGAUUCACACUCCACGUCCCUGCCGAGUCCCUUGGUGGUGAGAAGAGCAAAAAGAUUACUGUGAGCUGGAGCCAGUGGUUAGGAAGUCGCUCUCAAGAGUAUUACGUCUGCAACUACACGAUAACGUCCGAUCGCAGGAAAGGCGUCACCGGCCUCCUCUACGUGCAAACCGACAAGCUCGAAGAGUUCAAAUCGAAGAAGACCGACGGUGAAGACAUCACUUUCACGGUCGACGAGACGUUUCAGUACGGGUCAAACGAUGAUGUUACCAUCUUCUUCCUCGUGUUCCACGACAAAGAUAACAAGCCUUUCCAGCACCGGUUUAUCAAAGAAACCAUAAGUCGUCUUGAAGGGCAAGCUGCCGACUUCAUCGGGGGCUUAGGCCUCAAAAGUCAAGCCGAGUCCUUUAUUGGGGAGUACUUGAUGGACUAUGAGCGUUGA